GCCUGCCGCCGCGUGCAUACUGAAUGGCCAUUUUGCUUCAGGAUUUGGGCCGCCGCAGUUGCUCCUGUUGUUCGAUUGCGCCAACCGCCGUACUUGGUGUAGCGACAGCAGGGGGUAACCCCCUUCCGACCACCUCGUCAUGGCAAUGCCUGUACCGGGAAGGACGAGGUCCAUUGAGAUCGUCGAGGACAUGGUUAUCCGCGAAACGAUGGUAGUUCGUCCAGAGCCCCCACCUCCACCGUCUCAGCUACCUAAGGGUGUGAGCUCCAGGAUUGAGAUAACCACAGCUGAUCAAAUGGGAGGCUCUACGAUGAUGACUCUGGGCUGCCCCAACACGAAAGUUCGAGCCAGCCUUUCGAACGAGGCGGCCAACAUGCAAGUCCUGUCCAGCGACUCGGGCUUGAUGGGCAACAUUCAGAUGCCACCUCCCCGGGCUCAACGGCGUCGCUCCAACACUCGCUUCGAGAGACGAAUCAUAGUCGUGGGCGGCACUGAGACGGUCGAAGAGUAUGAGGACGGACAACUGGUCAGAAGGACAGUUAACGGAAGGGAACAACCGAUAUAGUGAAGUUUCUCCUUCAGAACGUCGGAAAAGCUCAUUGUGGAAUUCAGUAAAAAUUUCUUGAGGCA